AUGCCGGCGUUUUAUACAGCCUCGUUGGCAGAUGCUCUGAUUGUCAAUCGCAACGUUGAAGCUGCAACCAACAGCGUAUCUACAAACGCUACGAGCGCUGCUUUGCAAGUGAUAUGUGCUUGGCCGGUCUCUGGGCAGUAUGGCCCAGGCACAAGGGUGCUCUACUAUGUCCUGAUAGCAGCGUGUGUGUUUGCACGCAAGACAGACUGGCUCAGAAAUGCGUGUCUGGCAGCGGUAUUGCUUUUUCCCCUGUCCGCUGCGCUCCAUGGCAUUCUUUGUCCUCAAGGCGCUGUCGAUAUGGAUAUCUUCGGAGCUUUCCAACUCUGCGCAAUAGGCAUCUUGACCGCCCCCGUAGCAGUCAGAGUGUCUCGGACCUACUUCAACGACCCCGGGCGGAAUCUCAUUUCCCUGUGGACCCUCCUCGUACUUGCUGGACUGCUAAGUUUGGCCGUCGAGUUCUUUCGGAUUCAACCGAGAUCUUGCCCAUUCGACGAAUUCGGGAGGCCCAUCCCCUCUAACCCCAGGAAAUUUCCUUAUGGCACUCGAUGCGGCUUAACCUGUUCGGAAGAGAAAGGUCCCUUCUCUCCUAUGCGGGGUGGCUCAGCGAGCAAUAUAUACGUGAUUCCCGCGCCCGACAGGAUCACGUUUGGCACGGCUACGCUCAUGGCUGCGGCAUGCUGCAUCCCAGCCGUCCUCUCCUUAAUAUCCAUGUGGAGCAAGAUUCUUGAGGCCAACCGAAAGAAACGUUUCGGGGGUGAGAAUGAACAGGUUGACAUGCCGAUCGAGGGCACGAAUGGAGCCACCAUUAAAAGGAUGAAUAGUGUCAAUUCCCUAAUCAGAUUGUUUCUCAGCGUCGUAGAGAUUCCUGUAUUUGGGGCUGCAGUGCUGGGCAUUCUCAUUUUAGGCGAGAUGAAUUUCUUCAGUCCUCAAGUCGUAUAUCAAACUGAACCGGUUGCCAGCAUCGGUCAAUGGGCACCUAUCGUUGGUGCUGGACUUGCGGUACUAGGGUCUCUCUACCUUGUCCUGGCUGCUGAUCUCCUUGCCGUUGAGGAGGAAGAGAAGCCAACGACUUCCUCGAACCGAGAUAAUAAUUCAAUAAUGCAAGAAAUCGGCACUGUCGUAUCCGCAGCAUCCUCUCACUAUCCCCCGGGUAAUGUGGAGCUGCGCCGCAGUGUUUCAAACACACGCUCUGCUACCGAACAGGAUGGCCAACCCAGACAAUCCACAAUUCCGGAUUCGGCAAACAGACGCAAGGUAGCCAGGGCGUUAACUAGGUUCGGUAUCUACCUCAGCGACGCAGCACACGAGCGCCUUAAUAACUCAGAGUUUAAGAGUGGAAAGGCCCUCGACUUCCCUGAGAUCCCAGGGGAGAUCCGACGAAAUCGUGACCUACCCCACAUCAGAAAUCAGUACAACGCAGUUCGGGACGCAGAUGGAAAUGUCACUCCCUCACUGCGGGGGCGUUCUUCCAGAGCAGCCAGUUUCGCAAGUAACAUGUCCGGACUCAAUGUGGAGGGUAUCUCGAGGGACUUGAGACCACCGUCACGAUCCCCAUCACCCUCCUCGCCAACCACCACUUCUCGGAGACCGCACUCCAAUUCGUUAACAAACGACCGACCCUCAACAGGGAACCAUAGCCUUCCACCGCUAUCCAAUAGCUCCGCUAUCAAAACACACCCAUCAAGACGGGCCACGCUCGAAGUCCCAGUUCAAACCCAUCACGGGACUCUGCGAAACAGCACGCCAACUUCGCCAGUGCAUUCCAUCCGCUCAAUACCUGAUAGCCGCCCUCCCGCCAUUGUCGUUUCUUCUGAUCACGAAGACGCCUCCACUCUCCUCAAGACACCCUCCCAUCCAGACCCUUCCCCUCCGUCAACAGUGACAAUAUCCGCGCCACCAGAAGCAGCACUGCCCUCAUCAACGCGGAGUGAGCGCAAGUUCACUGUGUAA